CGACACCUGAUAUGUCAGGCGAAAACCCAAAGGAAGAACAGACUAGUGAAAUUAACGAUGCGAUGAAUUGGACACUUGUACAAGUAGAGAAAUGGCUUAACGAUAAGAUAUUUCAAAAAGAUAAUAUGUUUUUAUCAACGAGAAAACAGCUAAAGGCUUUGAGAGGAAAAGACGUUGCUUUUCUCAAGCUCCUUGUUCGGGAGUGUCCAAAUACUUUCUACCAAACAAUCAGAGAACAGUUGGGGAUUAAGGAUGUUCAAUCAAUGUCCGAUUUCCGAUUCGCUUUGGAAGACAUCGGCCAUGUUUGUAAUGGUCUGCAUUCCUCUUCGGAGCAGAUUAUAAGUUCAAAAACAGUUGAAACAACGAACGUACGCAUAACUGUAUAGAUCUAUAUGAUGAACUGAUUACAUCUAUAUAAUGAACUGCAUAAUUAAGUCAGUGAAUGUAUACCAUCACAAGUUUUCUCUGAUAAACUGUGGUUCAUGCUAAUAUUAGUUCAGCUGAACCUAAAUUUUUGAGAAUUUAAAUUUUGUAUAUAAUAUAUA